AUGAACCAUAGACAACAUCAAUCUCAAUAGCUAAUACAUACAACUACCAAAAAAUCUCGCUUUUAUAAUCAAUCGUAAUUCUACUCUUCAUCUAUUUUAGGAACAAAAGUGAUCCAAAUAUUCAACAUGAUCGUGAAUAAAUGUUUUCAAAUCUCAAAUCAAUAAUUCAAAACAAUCAAACUAUUCUCUCCUCAAGAACAGAGACAACUCCAAUAAUGAGAAAAAAAAAUGAAACUUCAAAAACUAGUUGCACUUGCAAUAUUUAAUGAAAAAUAUAAAUUAAAGAAAUUCUUAUAUGUCAACAUCUAC